CUGUCGAUGAUCAAUCGGAUACAAAGUUACUUCAAGAGAACACCGUGGCGACUUUAAUAGAGGUCAACGAGGCGUUAACCCCCCUCAGUAAAGAAUUGCCACGAUCUUCAAUUGAUUCAUUCUUAAAUUGCCUAUCUGAAGUAUCGAAAAAACAUUCAUCACUCGCUUUAAAAAUAGGUUACUGUAGCUCACAUAAUCUGACUCUACAGAAUAUGUAUCGUAAUAUAUCAAAUAGAGGUGAUGUUACAAAAGAACGAAUUAAAAAAGUAGCGACCAUUGGCCUCUAUACAUUUCAGCACGUAGAACGGACAAAUCUAUGCGAGGUCGUGCUAACUUAUGGCACGACGCAAAAUCAUGAAGAUACUAACUCCACACCUCGCAUAGUAGCAUCCUAUAAUUUAGCAGAUCUCUAUAAUCUUUACGGUCGUGCACUCUUGAUAGGAAAAUCUAGAGCUUCCACCAAUCGAUCGAGUGGGAAAAAUGAUAGUCAAGACAUUAACACGUUUAUUGUGCAGGUUAAUUUGGUACGACAAAUCAUAGAGGUGGCUUCAAAGUUGAUUCGGUUGAGGCAUUUUCUUUAUCAAAAGAUGAAGAUUGAGGCGCGCGGUGUUUCUGAACUUCAAUGUGUGCUGAAUAAACUAGCACGAGAUCUAAAAACAUGGGAGGACAUGGUUGAUCGUGCGCAAAAUAAACAUUAUUAUUUGACUUUCUUUUCUGCACUCGAUAUUUUGGCAUUUUACAAGUAUUUUAGAACCAAUAAUCACGAACGAGAUGUUGAUAAGCUUAAAGAAGUCUGCCAAAACAUUUUACGAUUCGUUAAUGACGCAGCACAAUUACCAACUCCAAUGGAAAAAUGGAAUGCCGUUCAAAAUGAAGACGAUAUUUUCUCCGUUCUCUGCAAUAUUGGAGCUAUACUAUACGACAUUUUUAAUGAUAUUCCACAGCAAGUUCGAUCUAUUCCCGAUACUCUGAAACCGGUGAUAGCUGAUACCGUUUUUAGAGGACAAAUAUUUGUGGCAGCUUGUCGUUCACAUUCUUUGGUUCCGAAUGUUAUCUUAUCGCUUUUUGCCAACCACCAGUCUUUUCCUAAACCAUGGCAAAUUCUUAUUUGUCAAAGUACCACCACUGCAGAAGAGAUUACGCUUUUUAUUAAGCGUUCUUUCAUUGCUACAGAUAAUGAGUAUAAAGAUUAUUUGUUUUGCAUUGCGAACGUUGAGUUCCUGAAUUUUGAGCUACAAGAUAUCUUGGUUCGAGCCAUUUACAAUUUUAAAGAAAAAAAGAACGAUUAUCUUCUGGCCCUCGUGUGCACACUAGAAUAUGGUAGGAGCAAUCAUAUUCUAGAUCAAUUCGCAGAAAAUGUUCACGUAACAAAUGGUCUAGAUGCGGAAUCUAUGGAACUUUUGUAUCAAGAAAUUUGUUCCGACGUUAUAUGCGUGACAUCUAAAAUGUCUGGACAAGGAAAAACAGAAUGGAUUAAAGAAUUCAGUUUUCAAAGAGAUAAAGUUCCACGCACCUUGUUGAUCAGUGAUGGUGCCCACUUUGGAAUCCUAGUUCGACAAUUGGCUGAUUGUAAAAUAAGUGCUGUUGAAAGCUUACACCUUGAUAUUAGGCUUAUCACACACCCAUAUGAGGUCAAUUUCUUUUUAUUCGAAUUGCUGACGUUUAAAGUAGUUUCAAAUGGUUCUGAUAUUGUACAUCUGACUGACACUUUAAUAUUUGUCGAAAUCGCGUCAACAACCAAACAUUAUUUGCUGGAUUCAUUGCCCAUCAUCAAAUACCUACGUCGACAAGAUCUUGAAUGGAACAUGGAUAAUCUAAUGGUGUCUCAGCAUGUAAAUAGUCCUGUUCAAAUAGUUUCUCGCUACCUGGAUCUGUAUUCUCGUAAAAUUAUUGAUAAAGAAAAUAUUCGAUUUACGGGAGAUAACGCGAUUGACGAGCCACUGCCGGCCGAACGCUGUCGACAAUUAUUACAGCGGUAUUUUUUUGAUGGUCAGAAAGAUGACAUUCAUUCUUAUAGAUUCCUGAAAAUUUUCAUUAAUGUGCUGGCGGAUCAGUUGGUUCGAUUUUCCGCAAGUCCUUUCUUUGAAAUAGAACAGCUACGUAUCAUGAUGCAGGAGACAAAUAUUCGCUCAUCUCUUCUGGAGAUAUUGAUUACAUGCUCUAAAGAAUUUGCAACACGAGCGAUCAAUACCAAAACUAAGCAAGAAGAGAACACUCGAGUCAUUCAAGAAGGAGAUACUCAAGACAUAGACAGUGUACGACUUGGUAAUAUCACACAAUGGAACGAUUCAAAUCACCUCAUAGUUCUAUUCCUAUCACAAAUACCGGAUUCAAUAUGCGCGCUUUACCGAGAGAAGAACAAAGUGCCAAAUAAUGUGGAGAAUCUAUUAAAGAGUCAAGUUGGAAAAUUGCAGGAUUAUUAUUUGAUGGAACCAUCUCUUCUUCUAGAACGAUUAGGACAACUUGUUAGACAAAAAAUGCACAAACUCGAUGGUUUGCCCAAAUACGCGUUAUCAAUCGAAAAUUUGCUCAAGAUGGCAAUGAUACUAUUAAGAUCACGUGCAAACAUACCGGUAGUUUGUUGUGGAGAAGCUGGUUGUGGCAAGAAGUCAGAAUAUGACACCGAAACUCGUUCUCUAGUGUUGGCCCUGGGUGUGUGCUAUCUUUUCAGGCUUCACGAUCAAUUGCAGCGCAGACACUACCGGAAUAAAAUGAUUGAAAUCAUAAAAAAUCAUCAACCCAACUUCAAAACACCGCCAAACACUCUAAAUGAUGCUUUUGAAAUUAUAAUCCGAAAUGAACAAGAUGAAUACGCCAAUCGUAUGAAAAGUUAUCCUGACGGGACCGCUUGGAAUGAAGCGCUCUUAGAGAAUAUCCUCGUGAUGAUUGUAUGUAUUCAAACUCGAAUCCCUGUCUUUAUAAUUGGCUCUCCCGGAAGUUCAAAGUCAUUGGCCGUACGAAUCAUCGGUAUGAAUUUGCGCGGAAUAGAUUCCAAGGAUCCUUAUUUUCGAACCUUGCCUCAAGUCUACAUGAUUCCGCAUCAAAGUUCAUCAUUGUCAACUUCUGAAGGAAUCGAGAAAGCUUUCCAAUCCGCUCAAAAUUAUCAAGAAACUAGUUCAAAAGAAAACCCGGUUACAUCCGUCGUCCUUUUAUAUAAAGUCGGAUUAGCAGAAACCAGUUCGCACAAUCCGUUGAAGGUGCUUCAUGCUUUACUAGAGCCACCUCUCGGUUCCAAAGAUGACGUGCCAGCCGUCUCCGUUAUUGGAAUCAGCAAUUGGCGGUUGGACAAUAGUAAAUCCAGCAGAGCAUUGCUAGUUCAACGUCCAUUGUUUGCAGAAAGUGAUCUGAUUGAUACCGCGAAGCGUUUGCUUGAUGGUAUUAAACGUUUUGACAACAUUGAUCUUUUUUUAAAGAGGCUUGCAGAUUCAUAUAUUCGUUACAUAAAGAAUCAAAUAUUCGCCAACUUUCAUGGGCUUCGAGAUUAUUAUUUUCUUGUUAAGAGCAUAAAAAGUAUGUGCAAUAAUAAUCAAAAGCCAAAUGUUCAACUAGCAUUAGCUCGAAAUUUCGGGGGAACUGACAACAUGGAGGAGCUGUGUACCAUCUAUUUUCAAAAUGUAUUGAAGCCGGCCCAUGUAUCUAAAUUUAAUUAUACACCCAUACCCGUACAAGAACUUAUUAAUGCAAAUCUUGCAGAAAAAGAUGCUCGAAAUCUUAUGCUCAUAGGAAAUGGCAAUUCCAUUGUAACCUUUCAAACAUUUCAGCUUCGUCAACAAAAUAUUGAACCGGUUGUGAUUAUCGGCUCUCAAUUCCCUGACGAUAAGGACGGCGGGGAAUAUUUAAAUGCUACUCUCGAUCGCAUAAUGAUGUGUGUGGAAACAGGAAGAUGUUUAAUAUUGACAGACCUUGAAAUAAUUUACGACUCUCUUUACGACUUAUUCGAUCAGCAUUUCAUAACGGUUGAUAAUUCAAGUGACGAAAACAAUCAAAGGAAUUAUACCAGAAUUGGCAUUAUUCAUCCGAAUUUUAGGUGUAUUUUGGUGCUGGAUAAGGCAAAGUUGCCAUAUGCAGAUCCAAUCCUUUUGAGUCGUUUCGAAAAACAAAAGCCUACGCUUGAAGAAACUCUCACCGAACGCGAAGCAAUAAUUUUAAACCGCCUAAAAGAGUGGACACGCCUAAUCUCAUCUAUUUAUGAAUUGGGCGACGACAAUGCCGAAGGCCGCUUCAAAGAAAAAGACAUGUUUAUUGGAUUUUCAUCUGAAGAGACACUGCAGAGUUUGAUUAUAGACCAAUGUAAAAAAAAUUCGGAUUCGGACGAUGACGCAAUCGUUUCUUUAUGCAAGGAAUCUUUGAUUUCUAUUGCCACUUCAGACAGUAUUUCAAGGGCUGAUGAAUCCCUUUUGAAUCUAAGUGAUGCUUUAGAGGUAAAAGAAUGUCAAAGGGUCUAUUUUCAAGAUCAACGACAUGGCAAUGUUCGAGAAUUUUUUCGCGCGCUGUUAGAUGACGACUUUACCGGUCAUUUGACAAUCAUAAAUACUUUCUCUAAUAUUAAUAUCGACAUCAAAUCAUACAUGAAUGGAAUUUCAAGUUGUCAAGUAGAUAAACUGUCAACCUUUAGGUCCGAAGCUAAACUUCAAGAUCAAAUCAAUCGGUUUUAUGAAUCCGAGUAUAAUUUGUAUAUUUUGCAAUGCGAUCCCGCAACUAUGGACGCAGGAUGUAUUAGACUAGCAAAGUUUAUGAUUGAGCAGUCUCAAAAGGAAUUCAUGGAUAAAGAAGAUCAACAAAAUAUCCACAGACCGGUUAAAAACGCGUGUAUGGUCCUUCAUCUUGGCAGAAAUUUUGAAUUAAAUGGCACAAGUUUAUUUAAUUUUAUGAGCGGCUGGAAUCAAAUUACUAUUGAAAAUCUGACUGCAUCAGAAAAUUCUCUUUCACUCUUUCUUCAUACGAAUGUCGACGAAAUUCCCAACGAAAAAAAAUUGUCGUUUGAACAAAUCCUGAGUCAGGAAUUGCCAUGGUGUCUGCUAUGUAUGAAACAUCCCCCUUCUAAGAAGUCGGUCGAGCAUAUAAGGCAAUUGGCUCAAGACAUUCCGAAAUGCGCAACAUUAGUCGAAUGUUUGAAACUUCGAACCGAAGAAUGGUUGCGAGUCAAUUCUUCGGAUCAAUUGCAAAAAUCGUCAACGAAUAUGCGCACCUUGAUUCGAAAACCGAUCGCAAAGCUACUUUAUAUCCUUGAACGAUAUCAUGCAAUCCUAUUCUUCUUUUCGUGGGAUAAUAAUAGAGAUGGAUCGAAUAAAAAUGAUUUAUUUAAAUUUUGGAAACAGAUAUUUAUGAACAAAAGGAUAGUGAAUAUCGAUAAUAUGGUCAUGGAUCCAAAACCAGAUCUGUACAUUAUCUCGGGUAAUUACCUGAAUCUCAAAUUUCCAUUUUCAUGUUACUUCAUGGAACAAAUAGAUAAACACAAGGAACUUUACCUCGGGGAACUUGAUCUUCUGUGCGAAAAACCCGAAAAUUUAGAUGAAAAUGGAUAUUUACGUCCAGAGAUCAUGACCCAAUUUCUUGAAAAAUUUUCUGAGGGCAUUCGAACGGCGAUCGCAACAUUGACACCAAUAAUUUUGGCGCGCGCCAGAAAUCUCUAUUUUGAAGAUUUCAUCACAAUCUCUUCCGUGAAUGCCGGAUAUUCUAAUGAAUCCGAUAUAAAACUAUUUCAGUCUCUAUUUAGUCGUUCGUGUGAUGCUGAGGUGUUCAACGACCCGAUUAAAUUGCACAUAUUCUGGUGGACAAAUUCCGAGGCACUUAUUUCAAAACUAAAAUUGGCGAAAAUGUUUCCAUCGAAUUCGCUCGAAGAUAGUAGCUUUACUAGUAAUGAACCCUUUAAGAGCCAUUUUAUAGAUCAAGUUUGUAAAUUAAUGCUUGGAAAGAUUAUGAAUUUAAGAGGGGAACCUGCAGACGAGGUCAAAAGUAUUUUACGGGAUUGGAAACUCCAAGUUGUCAACAUUUUGUCAUUGUGCUCCAAUAUUGAGAGAGUCCCGGGGUCAAGAAGUCUACAAAUUUUACGUAUCUGCAAUGAACUGGUUUCCAGUCGAUCAAUUGAAAUUUCAAAUAUCGCUGAUGCUAUCAACCUUCUCCAAACACCAAAGUCCGAAAAUAUUCUCACCCAAGAAUUUGUUGAACGUAUCUUAGAACUUUUUAACAAAUUUCCGACCACCGAACAAACAAUAGCAUCACAAUGUUCAUUCUUUCGGCUAUGUAUCGAAAUUAUUUUGCCAAGCUCACCAUUGCGUAUUCACCUUUAUAAAAUACUUUUCGGAAAAGAAUCAUACCCACUUUUUGACUCUGUUUUAUCAAGUGUUUUGGUUGAGGUCAUAAAAACAGAAUCGCUGACUCUUCCCGGAAUAAUUCAAAAUACGUCGACUAUUUUGGAUGACUCUAUUCAUCUAAAUGCAAUAAAUGCAGCUCUCAAAAGUCAUCGGUUGGAUUCUCCUAUCUUUGCCUUGUGUGUUGAUGUGAUGCAAAGAAAUUUUUUUUCUUUUUGUUCGUUCCAGGAUUUGUUCAAUAGUUUUCAGGAUGCAGUUAAUAUUUUACGCAGCACAAAUGUCGAACCUUUGCAGUCUAUAUUAGCCGUUGCCUUACUCAAAGAGUUUGUGAACACCCUUUGGAAAUCAUUGGUGUCGAUCGGGGACGCCACAAGAGAGCCCUUGGAGUUUGACGUUGAUGUGGAUAUUAAUAGGCUAAUUAAAAAUAUUAAUCAAGCUAUGGAACGCCAACCAUUUCAAAUUCGUUCGUUAAAAUUAUAUUUCCUUCGUGAUUUAUAUGCCAAGGGACUUACAUUGCAUGAGGUUAAAUGUUUUAGUAAAGUGCAAUGCGGAAUAUUUCCUUGGCUAAAUGAUCUCGAAUGGAGCGACGAUGACAAUCGAAUGGGCUUCGUGCCUUAUCGUUUCUAUGACCAAUAUCAGGAAGCAGAGGAAGCAUUUGAACCACUAUACACGCGCGGACAGCAAAUGAAAGCUGAAAAAUUUUUAACUGAUGUUUUAACUGACUCAUCAAUAAGUAAAAAGAUGUCCUUAAUGGGAAUUGCCAUCUCUCGCCUUCGUGACAUAUAUGCCUUGCGUGAAUUAAGCCUGCACGAAAAAACGACGAUUCAAUUUUUGCAUACUCAAUUAUCGAAUAUGCCAUUUGACAAUUUUUAUCGAGAAACAUUAUUAUCUUUCAUCACGAAUACUCGUCAACUUUAUCUUAUUUCACCGGAAAUAAGUCAGGUAGAGCUAUUGAUUCGGUCGGUUAUCGUUCACAUCAUCGCAAUCCAUUCUUGCCUUUCUGCAUCAAAUUCUCCAUUAGCUGCAUAUCUGAAAGAAUUAAAGACUUGUAAAGACACAUACAUAUUAGCAUCUAGUUCAGACGUUGAUGCGAACAUUCUUAUUGAAAUCGGAGAGGCGCUUGGUCAAUUUGCACGUUACGAAUGCAAAUGUGGUUUUAAAUACAUUAUUACCGAGUGUGGUGACACGAGAGAAGAGGGUAUUUGUCCGCGAUGCAAAAGUCGUAUUGGAGGAGUAAACAAUAAAGUCAAUCCUGGAAAUAGACGUAUCGACGCUCAAACUAUUCGUGGAAAUGAAGAGACAAAUGAACGGUUGGGCUAUGUUUAUGAAUAUACUGAAAGCAGAAAAAAUGUGAACUAUCGUAUUCGUGAUAUGACAUCAGCAUCCUAUCGCGUGCUGCAUCUUUUCGUGCAUACGCUUAUUGCUGCAACUUCACGUGAAGAUUGUCGGAAUUUCUUCAACCAACAAGAUCUAGAAUUGAUUAAAGAACCUAUUGAAUAUUGUAAGCGACACAUUGAAAAUGACUGGCAUAUUUUAACAUGUCUUUUUGAUUGUAACGACGAAACCUUGGCGCUUGUUUUACACUCCAUUCUAUCUUUCAUGGCCGAAAAUCCAAUCACAACAUUCGUGCGAUUGGACACUAUGGAAAAACGGCGACUUUGGGAACGUGAAUUUACUCGUCGUUACAUCACUUUCCAGGUAAUUAAUGCUCACAAUACUGCAACAGAAUUUCAAAAGCUAGUGAAAAAUGUUCAACACAAGCUCGAAAGUGAGAUCAAUGAAACUUUAAGGAAUGAAGAGAGUCAUGACAACUUUUGUCCUAAAAUUUGGAGAAGGACUACUGAAGCAAGCUUUGAAAAUUUGCGAGCAUAUUGCGCAAGAUAUCAAAAUUUUGCUAUAGAAUUUCCAUUUUUAUCGUUAUUCUUUGAAUAUGAAGAACGAUUAUCAUUAUUAAAAAAUCUUUUACCAAUUGUAAAUUUCGUACGAAUACUUUCUUCAAAAUUAAGUUUUCGUUUAAAAAGGGAAGACACUCUCCAUUUCACCUUCAAUAGAUUUCUCGAUAAUGAAGGCCCAUCUACAGGAAAUUUCAAAAAAGCUUUUGAGAAUUUUUCUAAAGCCUGGAAUUUAAUUAGGAAUCACAUUACACGAUAUAAAUGUCAAGAGUUUAUCAAGCCAAUGCCUGAAAUGAACGGAGAUAUUUCUGUUUCCUAUGCAUUAGUCGAACAAGAAAAUGAGUCGUUAUAUAUAUGCGGAGCGAUUGAGUAUCUGGUGAAUUUGCAAAAUCUAUUUUUGCAACAAGUUUUGACCAUCAAGCCUGAUUGUUCCUCACUGAGAUUUUUGGAACAGGAACAGUUCUCGUCGAAUGAUAGGAUUGGAAAUCAAGCGUUCCAACAUCGAUAUAAAAUAAAAUUAUUACCUCUUUCCAAGGCACACGACGAUAAUAUUAUAAAUUAUGAAUGGAAUACUCAAUUGCUUUCCUAUAGCCACCGCGAUCCUAGGCUUGGUCACGGACAUAAGAUUAAAUAUGAAUUGCGUAAUAUUGAAACAGAAUUGGCGCAUUCCUUGAUUUUUAACAAAGUUUAUUUGAUUGAGAAUCACAAUUCAUUCUGGCUAGACACAUUCACGUAUCAUCUGGAACUAUUUUCAAACCAUCCAACAAUUCUAGGCGAAAUUAAAGAAUUAAUUCCUCAAGAAGUGACCUCUGCUGACAAACUUGGGAUUCCACUUCACGAAAAUCCAACUGAACUCUUAUCAGAACUCGAGAUAUUACUUUGUUUUUUGAAACAAACUUCGGGGAAUCGAGAGAUGAAAAUUAUCGAUUACCUCAGUAAAUGGAUGAGGCUAUCGACAUUGACCGAAAGUGAUCGGUUUUGUAGAAUGGUCAAAGAAUUACGAUUAAAACACGUAAUAUCAUUAUAUGAGAUGGUGGAAGAAAAGGUGGCAGAAGUAGAAAUUGAAUCCCUUGACGAAAAAUAUAAAGACAAGCUAUCAAAACAAUCACAAGAUGAAAUAGUAGCUGGAGUAGAUUUUGAUGGUGUUGGUAGAAACCUUAUCAGAAAACAUAAAAUUCCACAUGAAGCAUUUGCAACCGCGUUGAAAAGGUUUAUGUUUCGUUAUUUACGGUCCGAAAGAUUUUCUGAAAAAGAUAAACUUGCCAACUAUUUAGCUGAGGAAACCAUCAUCAAUUUUUGGCAAUCUUGGGUAUCUAAAGAUAUUAUUCGUGAAAAAUUUCCAAAGUCCCUAUUGGUUGCAAAUGCUUAUGACGCGCGAGAGUAUUGA